AUGGCCAACCUCGAUUUUCUGUUCCUUCUCAAAGAAAUUGCUGUGUCCAUUUUGAUCUUCUUGAUUACCCGUUUCUCUUUUCGUUCACUUCUCAAAAACCAACACCGAAAACUCCCACCUGGACCAAGAGGUUGGCCAGUUUUAGGUGCACUUCCACUCAUGGGAAGCAUGCCUCAUGUCACCCUUUCAAAAAUGGCCAAAAAAUAUGGACCCGUUAUGUACCUCAAAAUGGGCACAAAUAGCAUGGUUGUGGCUUCUACUCCUGCUGCAGCGCGUGCAUUUCUCAAAACCCUUGACCAAAACUUCUCAAACCGUCCUCCAAAUGCUGGAGCAACUCACUUAGCUUAUGAUGCACAGGACAUGGUGUUUGCUGAUUAUGGGUCUAGGUGGAAGUUGCUUAGGAAACUAAGCAACUUGCACAUGCUUGGUGGAAAGGCUCUCGAUGAUUGGGCACAAGUUCGAGACCAAGAGAUGGGGUAUAUGCUUCGUGCAAUGUAUGAUUGUAGCAAGAAAGGUGAGGCUGUUGGGGUGGCUGAGAUGUUGACUUAUGCCAUGGCUAAUAUGAUUGGUCAAGUGAUACUAAGUCGUCGUGUGUUUGAGUCAAAAGGUUCUGAGUCAAAUGAGUUCAAAGACAUGGUUGUUGAGCUCAUGACCUCUGCUGGGUACUUUAACAUUGGUGAUUUUAUACCUUCUCUUGCAUGGUUGGACUUGCAAGGCAUAGAGCGUGGAAUGAAGAUCUUACACAAGAAGUUUGAUUUGUUGUUGACAAAGAUGAUCGAGGAACAUGCGGCUUCUAGUCAUAAAAGAAAGGUUAAACCUGAUUUCUUAGACGUUGUCAUGACUCAUCAUAGAGAAAGCUCUGAUGGGGAGAGACUAACACUCACCAACAUCAAGGCACUGCUCUUGAAUCUAUUCACCGCAGGAACUGAUACAUCUUCCAGUAUCAUAGAGUGGGCACUAGCAGAGAUGUUGAAAAACCCGAGAAUCAUGCGAAGAGCUCAUGAAGAAAUGGACCAAGUCAUAGGCAAGCAACGACGCCUCCAAGAAUCUGAUCUGCAGAAGCUUCCUUAUUUGCAAGCAAUUUGCAAAGAGACAUUCAGAAAGCAUCCAUCAACCCCACUGAACUUGCCUCGAAUCUCUGCGGAACCAUGCCAAGUGAAUGACUAUUACAUCCCCAAGAACACUAGGCUGAGUGUGAACAUAUGGGCCAUAGGACGAGAUCCUGAUGUGUGGGAUAACCCAUUGGAUUUUAAUCCAGAAAGGUUUCUCAGUGGGAAAAAUGCCAAAAUUGAUCCACGUGGAAAUGAUUUUGAGCUAAUUCCAUUCGGUGCUGGGAGAAGGAUUUGUGCUGGGACUAGGAUGGGGAUUGUGCUUGUUCAUUACAUUUUGGGCACAUUGGUGCAUUCAUUUGAAUGGAAGCUACCAAAUGGUGUUGGGGAGUUGAACAUGGAAGAGGCCUUUGGGCUUGCCUUACAGAAACAGGUCCCUCUUUCUGCUAUUGUUACCCCAAGGUUACCCCCAAAUGCUUACAUUCCUUAAGAGUUUUGCUUUGGUUCACCAAUUCUGUCUACUUGUCUAAAUGCUUGAAGGUUUUCAAAUAUUUAAAUAAGUGUCUGUGUUUUUUUUCUUCUUUUUUUUAGUACAGAAAUAAGUGUUUGUGUUACAA